CGUCGCUUUUGACCAGCGAAAUAAAGAGGGAAAGGGAGCAUUGCGGCGCUCACCGACGACUAGCAUGGCCGUUUCUUCUACCUCAUCCCUGUCAACCUCGCACUGUUUCUCUUCACCCCUCUCGUACUCUUCUUCUAUCUUUGGAGCUCGCCAGCAGAAUAGAGCAAUGUUGGUCAUAGUUAGAAUGCCCGCGCCGUUCAGAGCUUCUGCCGAGUCCAAGCACGAAAGAACCGGCGAAGGAUCGAACGGAGAAAGCAAAAGAGAUAGAAAGAGAGAGAUGGAGGCGAGAGAGCGGAAGGAGGUGGUGAACCGGAAAAUAGCUUCGCAGAAGGCCAUCUCCGCAAUUCUCAGGAGGGAGGCCACAAAGGCCGUCAUCGAGAAGAAAGGUUCGAUCAAUUCCAGGAAGCUUCUUCCUCGGACUGUCCUGGAGGCACUCCAUGAGAGGAUUACGGCUCUUCGCUGGGAGUCUGCUCUCAAGAUAUUUGAUCUUCUUCGCGGACAACUAUGGUACACGCCUAACCCAGGCAUCUAUAUUAAGCUGAUUGUCAUGCUUGGUAAAUGCAAACAGCCUGACCGAGCACAUGCACUCUUUCAAGCCAUGUCUGAUGAGGGUUGCAUCAUAAACCAUGAAACAUAUACCGCUCUUGUUUCAGCCUACAGCAGGAGCGGUCUUUUUGAUAAAGCAUUUUUCCUGCUUGAAAAUAUGAAGAAUACUGAUGGUUGUCAUCCGGAUGUUCAAACCUACUCCAUUCUCAUCAAAUCUUGCUUGCAUUACUUCAAAUUUGAUAAAGUCCAGUUCCUACUCGCAGACAUGAAAAACCUGGGAAUUGAGCCAAACACUGUCACCUUCAAUACACUUAUUGAUGCUUAUGGGAAAGCAGAGAGAUUUGCAGAGAUGGAAUCUACGCUAAUGGAAAUGCUAGGGAACCAUGAUUGCAAGCCUGACAUCUGGACAAUGAAUGCUACUCUACGAGCUUUCGGGGGAAGUGGGCAGAUUGAGAUGAUGGAGAAAUGCUAUGACAAGUUCCAGGGCUCGGGCAUCUCUCCUGACAUUAAAACAUUUAACAUACUCUUAGAUAGUUAUGGCAAGGCUAGAAAAUAUGAGAAAAUGAGUGCAGUGAUGGAGUACAUGCAAAAAUAUUAUUUCUCAUGGACGUUGGUCACCUACAACGUUGUCAUUGAUGCAUUUGGAAGAGCGGGGGAUUUGAAGCAGAUGGAAUAUAUCUUUAGAUUAAUGAAAUCUGAAAGGAUAAAGCCAAAUCGUGUUACUCUUUGCUCACUCAUCAGAGCAUAUGGCAGAGCAGAAGCUGUUGAUAAAAUAAAGGCUGUCUUGAGGUAUAUAGAGAACUCAGACGUGAUGUUAGACACUGUAUUCUUCAAUUGCUUGGUUGACGCAUAUGGGAGGGCUGGUUGCCUAUCAGAGAUGAGGGAGGUGUUGGAGCUGAUGCAGAAGAGAGCAUGCAGACCUGAUAAGAUCACAUAUAGCACCAUGAUAAAGGCUUACCUUAGCAGAGGGAUCAACGACCAAAGAGUUCAUAACCUUCAAGAUAUCAGCCAAGAAGAGGCCUUGUCACUGUCUCAAAGGUCUUGCAGCCUAUGAUGGAGCUUGAGCGAGAUGAAGCUAUUAGUAAAAGCAGACUAACUUAGCAUAAGGAGAAGGGAGUUGAGAAAAUGCAUCCACCUCGCUGGUUAAUGCUUGCAUCUCAACAGGCUCUCUUUUCAGAAGACUUUUACUUUGAUAUAUUUAUGGCACGUAAUCCUAGAAAUUGUGGGACAACACAGAGCUAUAUGAAGCAUAGUACUGAAAAGCUAUACAUGCUCGGAGUAGCAUGAUUCAACCAGUUGCAAAUGAAACAGACCGCGUCAUUUAUUUGAGCUAAUUUGAGCUCACAGGCAAGUGAGAUUGCUCAGUUGCCUUCAAAUAAGUUUGUAUUUGCAUGAAUUCUCAUGUAUAUAUAUUUCAAAAUAACUAGCACUGC